AUGGUGUAUUUGAAGGUUGCACCACAAAAGGGAAAGGAUCGUUUUGGCAAAGUGGGAAAGCUUGCGGUAAGGUUUAUUGGACCAUACCGGAUUGAGGAAAGAGUUGGCGAGGUAGCCUAUCGGUUAUCAAUGCCCGAGGUUAUGCGAUUGCAUAAAGUCUUCCACGUUUCACAACUACGGAAGCAUGUGUCAGAUCCAAGAAUGAUUGUGCCCGAGUCUAUCGAGGAGUUGGAGCCAAAUCUUACAUACCCCGAAGGACCGUUUGGAAUAGGACAAAGGAGAACCCGAAAGUUGAAAACCCGGAGCAUUCCUCAAAUCCAAGUAUUUUGGGGAAAGCAGAACCGUAAGGUUACCACUUGGGAAGAUGAGGAUAGGAUCCGUGCCAAGUAUCCUCAGUUGUUUGUCGAAGAAGAUGAAGCAGGACCAUCAGAACCCUAUGGAAUUUGGGACGAAUUCUAUUAA